GAGAGAAGAGAACUCGCUUCACACUCUAGAGACGAGCCUGGUUAUACGAGUGGGUCUUAGUCAUUUGUAUUAUUAUUAAAUGUAAUCCUUUAGAUGUCUCCCUUCUUCAGAACGUACGGGCUGGCUUACCCCUCCUCCUCACAGAGGCAUGCCAGCUCCUGAGCCCAACCCAGUGGUGGAGGAGAGGCUGAUGUUGACCAUCCGAGAAGGAUCCACUACCAUGGAGCCCGAGAGCACAGCCACCAACAUACUCGCUUCUGUCAAGGAGCAGGAGCUCCAGUUUGAACGGCUAACCAGGGAGCUGGAGGUGGAGCGGCAGAUUGUUGCCAGUCAGCUAGAAAGAUGCAGACUGGGAGCAGAGUCGCCUAGCAUUGCCAGCAUCAGCUCAUCUGAGAAGUCCUUUCCCUGGAGAUCCCCAGAUGCCCCAACGGCAGGAGUGACCAAACCGAGAGCAACUGACAUUACUCAAUCCAACACUUAUCGUGUCCGAAUUGAACAGGAGCAAGUCCAGCUGUACUCCCCUGAACAGACCUCUCUCCAUGAAAGUGAGGGGUCUUUUGGGAAUUCACGCAGCUCAACACAAAUGAAUUCAUACUCUGAUAGUGGUUACCAAGAAGCAAGCAGUUACUACAGCAGCCAGAACCUGGUCAAGCCUGAGUUUAGACCUCAGCAUUCAUUCCCUGGAAGUGCAAAUAAUGCCAAUCUUAUGAGAAAUACCAGAGCAGAAGGACAAACUCUAGUUCAGGCACCCAUAAACAUUCCAGGAACAGCUGUCCGGGUGAUGAGAAGAGUGAGUUCUGUUCCAUCUAGAACACAGUCUCCGGCCUACGGCAGCAGCAUUUCACCUUCGCGCGGUUCCUUAAGGACGUCCCUGGGUAGUGGAUAUGGCUCGCCCGCAGUUACUGAACCCAAACCACUCACAAACAUGUACUCAACCACAACACUACCAUCUUCACAACAAGCAGGUUCCCCUUUCAGUGCCCAGAAGUCGAAUUCCCCCGCGGCUAUAAGGCGACUAAGCUCCCUUACAUCCAGACAGUCUGUGAACUCCAGCAGAGAUACUUCCCCAUACCAAGUGCUGGGGAAGUCGGGCCGCAUGGGCUCUCCUCUUACUCUGCUAGACUCUCAGACAAGAGUGGGGUCCCCGUCACACAGCCAGCAGACUGGCUCUUCAUCCCCCCUUCGUUCCGGCAUGACUGCAGUGCCUCAGCAUUAUGGAUCGACUUUGCAAAGAACACUCCAUCACGAGACGGAUCAGUAUGGACAGCAAUCAUAUGAAGUCUACGAGAGGAUGAUCCCACCUCGCCCGGACAGCCUUACAGGCUUGAGAAGCUCAUAUGCCAGUCAGCACAGUCAACUGGGGCAAGAUCUCCGGUCAGCCAUGUCUCCAGACUUGCAUAUAACCCCCAUCUACGAAGGCAGGACACUUCAAAGCCCCCUGUACCGCAGUCCAAACCACGGAGCAGUGGAGCUUCACCAUGGGACCCAAACGGCAGUCUUCCGGGCUGGCUCAGGUGUUGGGAAUCUGCAGAGGACUUCCAGUCAGCGCAGUGCUGUAACGUACCAAAGAAGUAACUAUGCCCUGAACCCCACAGCCACCUACGCUGAACCCUAUCGAUCAACGCUGUAUAGACCUUCUGAAUCGAACUAUUCCAGGCAUGCGGCACCAGUUGAUGAUGUCACAACAAGGUCCCCUUCCAUCGACAGCAUUCAGAAAGACCCCAGGGAGUUUGCAUGGCGUGACCCAGAAUUGCCAGAGGUGAUUCAUAUGCUGCAGCAUCAAUUCCCGUCUGUUCAAGCUAAUGCAGCGGCUUACCUUCAGCACCUGUCCUUUGGAGAUAAUAAAGUGAAAGACGAGGUGUGCCGCCAUGGAGGGAUCAAGCACUUGGUUGACCUUUUAGACCAUAAAGUCUUGGAAGUCCAGAAGAAUGCUUGCGGUGCGCUGCGAAAUCUUGUUUAUGGAAAAGCAAUGGAUGAAAACAAAGUAGCAGUGAGGAACGCUGGCGGAGUCCCUGCUUUGUUAAGAGUGUUGAGAAAAACUGUAGACGCAGAAGUAAGAGAGCUUGUCACCGGAGUUCUGUGGAACCUGUCUUCAUGUGAUGCAGUGAAAAUGACAAUCGUUCGGGAUGCCUUGAGUACUCUCACUAACACUGUGGUUAUCCCACAUUCUGGGUGGAGCAGCUCUUCCUUUGACGAUGAUCACAAACUUAAGCUCCACACAUCACUUGUGCUUCGCAACACCACUGGCUGUCUCAGGAAUCUGAGCUCCGCUGGAGAAGAAUCCCGGAAACAGAUGAGAAUUUGUGAGGGGCUGGUGGAUUCUCUGCUCUAUGUGAUCCAGACCUGUGUGAACUCGUCAGACUAUGACAGCAAGAUUGUGGAAAACUGCAUUUGCACACUAAGAAACCUCUCAUACCGUCUGGAGUUGGAAAUCCCUCAAGCCCGUCUGCUGGGUCCCAAUGAGUUGGAAGGUUUGCUGGGCAAUCAGUCUCCAAGCAAAGAUGUCGAUUCUACUUGCUGGGGGAAGAAAAAGAAGAAAAAGAAGAAAACACCACAAGAUGAACAGUGGGAUGGAGUUGGCCCAAUUCCUGGAUUUUCUAAACCUCCUAAAGGUGCUGAAAUGUUAUGGCAUCCAAGCAUAGUCAAACCCUAUCUCAUGCUCCUGGCGGAAAGUUCCAACCCAGCUACAUUAGAAGGCUCAGCGGGUUCACUCCAAAACCUCUCUGCAGGCAACUGGAAGUUUGCAGCAUAUAUCCGAGCUGCUGUUAGGAAAGAGAAGGGUCUUCCCAUCCUUGUGGAGCUCUUGAGAAUGGACAAUGAUCGGGUCGUAUGUUCUGUUGCAACUGCCUUAAGAAACAUGGCGCUCGAUGUACGAAACAAAGAACUUAUCGGGAAGUACGCCAUGCGAGACUUGGUCAAUCGUCUCCCUGGAGGCAACACAACAUUGCUGUCUGAUGACACGGUGUCAGCAAUCUGUUGUACUCUGCAUGAGGUCACCAGUAAAAACAUGGAGAAUGCCAAAGCGCUUGCUGAUUCUGGAGGGAUUGAAAAGCUGGUUAAUAUUACAAAGGGAAGAGGGGAGAGGUAUUCAAUGAAAGUUGUAAAAGCAGCAGCUCAAGUGUUAAACACACUGUGGCUAUACAGAGACCUCCGCAGCAUCUAUAAAAAGGAUGGCUGGAACCAGAAUCACUUCAUCACUCCAGUAUCAACAUUGGAGCGCGAUCGGUACAAAUCUCACCCCACCUUACCAACAAACAGCCUGCAAAUGCCAGCUGUGAUCCAGUCAGCUGGUAGUGCAACAUCAUCCCCAGCCUUGUUAGGAAUCAAAGAGCAGCGCUCUGAUUAUCAGAGGACGCAACCGUCUAUGCAAUUUUAUAACUACCAAGGGGACAACAACAUACGUAAAGGUGUAUAUACAGGGUCUGGGAAACCGUCACCAUUUUUUUUAGGUUCCUAUUCUUCACCAGGAAGGGAAGAACCUAAGAGAACACAGCAUCAGCAACUGUACUACAACCAAGACAACCCCAGCAGGAGAAACUAUGACCCCUACAGAAUGUACGUGCAGUCUCCACACAGCUAUGAGGACCCUUACUUUGAAGACCAGGUUCAUUAUCCCUCUGCUUCAGAUUACACGGCACAACAGCAUGGACUCAAAUCUACAACAAACAACUAUGUGGACUUUUAUUCCACUACCCGGAGGCCUUCCUAUAGAGCUGAGCAGUAUCCUGGAUCACCCGACUCUUGGGUGUAAUAUUUAAUAAGGCCAACUGGCUUUUUGUCCUUUUUUAUUGAAUUGAAUUGAAUUGAAUGUGGAUCUGUUUGUUGUUUUUGGUGGAAAGAUGAGAAUGUGAGCCAGCAUUUUUUAAAAAUGAUACAGGAAAGUGUUUAACAAAGAGAGAAGGAAUCCGGAAUGAAGCCAAUUGGAAAUGGAAACUGAUGCGUGAGAAUUCUUGCUCUAUUUAGAUGUUUAGAGCUUUUUAUUUGUAGUUCUUGUAGUUUGGUGAAGGUGUGGGUCAUGUGAUGAAAGGUUUGAGGUGGAGAUGCGAAUGGACUGUGGAAUGGGUACAUAGACCAAAAUAAUCAUGAUUUCAUGUCUGUGAAGAAAAAUCUGAAAAUCAAAUAAUGUUUGUUUGUACAGAGGAAUCCAACUGUAUAAUUUUUGUUUUAUUGCUGUACUUAAUAUUGGGCUUGUGUAUGUCAUCAAGGCUUGUACAUUUCCUUUGUUUUAUUGUAAAUAUAGAAAUGCCACAUGAUUAGGAUUGUCACCACUGGGGGAAAGAGCUGGCAUCAUUGCACAAAUAUCCAAAAGCUAAUACAAAUUACACUGUUUUGCUUUUAAAAUGAAUUGUGUAAUUUCAAAACAUAGAAAGAGUAUUAUCUUUAUUUUUCCAUUGCCUAUCUCUUUCAUGCAAUAGUUCACUGCCAUUUUCUAUGCACAUGAAACAAAAAUAAAUGUGAACAUUUCAUCCAUGGACAACUUGUUAACUUUUUAUUAAUUCUUUUCCAUAGUAAAACCUAAAACCAAGGUUGUUAUGGAAAUAGCUCUGUUUUGUGGAUUUAACCUUGCUCAUUCUAUCAAUACACAGCAGUCCUUCA